AGAGGAAGAUUUGACUCUUCAAGUUGUUAACGAAUAUGGUUUUCUCCCUACACCAAGUUGGUCCAGCUGUAUGGAUAUUGCUUCUCUCCUUGAAUGGAAACUUAACUGUUUCGAACAAUCUUUUAACACCGUAUACAAUCUUUCUAGGCGUUUUUCAAAUAAGGGAAAUAAAUGCACAUGUGCUAAAAUUGCGGUUCAAGUUGAUAACAAAGAAACUGUCAAUACCUAUGAUGUCGAAUCUGAUAGCGCGCUUAUAAGGGAAGUAGAAGAAGCUCUUCAAAAAGCACACUUAACUCUUUCUCCACAGAGGACAAAAAAGGAGCCUAUCUCCGUAGAUAGGCCUAGCAAGAGUGUCCUGAAAAUGUGUCAUGGAAACACUUGUAUAAAGAAGUCGAGACCUGAUUGCAGCGGACCUAUAACAAAGCAGCGGAAAUAUAUUCCUGCCCACUAUAAAGCUCCCUAUAAAACGGAUUUGCACAUACCAAAGCGUAAAAAGUUGUUUACAUUAGGACAGCCAGUAGCAUCAUUUCCACCAACGAUGGACAACAAAAAUAUGAGUGACAAAACCAUAAAAAAGAUCAAUGAAACCAGUACUAAACAGGAAAAUCACACAGAAGUGAAUUUUCUCGAAGAUAUAAAUUUAUUAUGCCAUCCAGCUUCUACAUGUGACUGCUACCAAUAUCAAACCCAUCAGCAGGCUGCUUUAAUCGAAAAAUAUAAUAAAAGUGUUUCGUGCUUGUGGCUCUCGAUCUCACGUACCAGGCAAUUAUUAAGAUCGGAAGACAGAAGUAUUAUAGUUCAGUUUUUUAAAAACAUCCCCAUGGAAUCCAAACUGUUUUCUAGUAUGUGCUUUGCUAUUCAAAAGUGUGACCUUGCCAUCGCUUUGUUCGAAAAAUUCACUAGUCUUGUGAGUUUCAUUGAUGUACAGAAAGUCAGUCAAGAUGAAAUUAAUUGGAUUCAGUACGUUUUUUCAGGAUUCAGCCUCAUUUUAAAACUGUUGGAAUUACUGAUGACAAAGGUGAACCCUGAUUCAAGCGACUUGUCAACAACGAAUGUCCUUAAUGAUCUUCUCACUCAUAAUGAUCCCAUAAGUGCCUGGUUUGCUUCAAAACACCCAGUUAAACUAGUUGCUCCUCCAAGUCCAUAUGAAGCGUUUCUGACUAUAGGCAACUGUCCUAGCACUCCAGGAGCAUUUUCCCGUUUAUUAGCGUUAACGGCAUGGCCUCAAAUGUGUGUAUUCAACGGCAGCGCGAAACAAGCAUUAUUAUUUACAAACCUUUGGAGUGAGCUUGAAUCUGUCCAAACAGAACUCGAACUUUUAAACACUUUUAAAGCAAAUCUACCUAAUUUGCUUGUGGAUCAUCUAUUCACAAAAACGAUGGAUUUGUUGGGGACGUUAGAUCCCCAAAACUCAUUUUGUAAUUUUAUCUUUGUGGAGCUUGUAUGCAGAUGUAUGCUUGGGCAUUUCUUACCGCCCACGCACAUAGUCGAUUGACGAACUAAUCGAUCAAAUGUUUAAAAACUUCCAUGGCAAUAUCGAUUAUAUAUAUUUUGUAUAAAUACGCUUGAUGGACCUGGUAUCUUCUGGUUGUCUGUAGAAUACACUUUCUACAUCUUACCAAUACUUCUGGGUCGAGUUAGCUGAGUCGGGGACAACGGACCAGUAUAGCCUAUCGAGUCUCUGAAUCCUUGAUUCUUCGUUCCGUUCCGAGUAAGACGAAUCAGUAGUAGCAUUCAAGUUUAACGAAAAUAACAGGAUUGUAAAAAAAUUACAACACUAAUGAAAGCAGUGGUUUACUGUCGCAUGUGUACACUGUUAAAUUAAUUUUAUAUCCAAGAGUGCUUUGUGUUUUUCACAAAGCAUAUUUGUGUACAAAUGGUUAAUAAAGAUUUUGUAAUUUGUAGUCGUCUUAAAUCAUCACUAACCUCCUUUUUUUACUAUGAAUUUAAUCAAAGUAAGAAAAGUCAAAUAGUAUCAUUAUUAAAAUAAUGAACCUUCUUCUACUACUCUUUCCAGCAAUCAUGCGUCGGCUUUCCGUAAUUUAUACACACUCGUUUGCGGAAACAGUCCAUUGAUUUUGAAAAGCAACGUAUAAAUAACAUUCUACACAUCUCCAUAUCUUGUACAUUUCAUAUAUGCUAUAGAAACAGAUUGGCAAACAUGUGCAAACUUUUUUUUAGCUAUUAAAUGACGCAUCAUGUUAUAUUCAUUCUUUUAAAAUUGCCACAACAUAGUCGAAAAAUAUUUUUUAAGUAAAAAGACAACUUUUAAAUAAUUUGUAGAAAUUUAUCAAAACUUACUAUCAAACUACCUAGGUUACUUUUAAUAUACAAUCUUAAAGCAGAAAUUAAUCAUUUUUAUUGACUUUAUGUUUAAAUUAUUGUACAUUUGUAUUUUACAUUUGAAUAUACUGGUUAAGCGGAGAUUCUUGAC